AUGAAAACCCUACCAUUGCUAUGGGUAUUGCUGCUUUCAGUUUUGAGUAACUCCAUAGUGGAGGCCAGGAUUCGACACUACAGAUGGGAGGUUAAGUACGAGUUCAAAUCGCCGGAUUGUUAUAGGAAGCUAAGCAUCACUAUUAAUGGAAGAACCCCUGGUCCGUCGAUCUUGGCGGAGCGAGGCGACACCAUUGUUAUUGACCUUAAGAAUAGUUUACUGACCGAGAACGUCGCCAUUCAUUGGCACGGUAUCAGACAGAUUGGAACUCCAUGGGCUGAUGGAACAGAAGGCGUUACUCAAUGCCCUAUUUCACCAGGAGACACUUUCAGAUACAUGUUUGUUGUUGACAGAGCAGGAACAUACUUGUACCAUGCGCAUUACGGGAUGCAACGAGAGGCAGGUUUGUACGGAUCGAUUAGGGUGGCGCUUCCAGAUGGAGAAGCCGAACCGUUCUCUUACGACUACGACAGAAGCAUCAUUCUCAACGAUUGGUAUCACAAAAGCACCUAUGAACAGGCUGCCGGCCUUUCAUCUGUUCCAUUCGUUUGGGUCGGCGAUCCUGAGUCACUUUUGAUCCAAGGGAAAGGAAGAUUCAAUUGCAGUACACCGGGAACUGCAGCCGGUGUCUGUAACGCCACAAAUCCUGAAUGCUCGCCGUACGUUUUCACCGUCGUUCCCGGAAAAACUUACCGGCUUAGGAUUGGAAGCUUAACUGCUUUGGCUUCUCUCAGUUUCGAAGUAGAGGGACAUAAUAUGACGGUUGUUGAAGCCGAUGGUCAUUACGUCGAACCAUUUGUCGUAAAAAAUCUAUUUAUUUACUCGGGUGAAACGUACUCGGUUUUGAUUACGGCAGACCAAGACCCGUCAAGAAACUAUUGGGUCGUCUCAAAAAUGGUGAGUCGUAACAACACGGUCCCAAUCGGUUUGGCCGUGUUCAAUUACUACCCGAACCAUCCGACCAGAUCCCCACCAACGGUGCCACCAAGUGGACCGUUGUGGAACGAUGUUGAAGCCAGGGUUAACCAAAGUCUCGCGAUCAAAUCCCACCCCGGAUACAUACACUCCCCGCCCCAAACAUCCGACCGAGUGAUCAUUCUUCUAAACACACAAAACCGAAUAAACGGAAGUGUCAAAUGGUCGAUUAAUAACGUCUCUUUUACCCUUCCUCAUACCCCAUAUCUCAUAUCACUUAAACACGACCUACUUCACACGUUCAAUCAAACCUCGCCUCCAGAUGUCAUCAACGGCUACGAAGCUUACGACAUAAAUAUCCCUCCACCGAACCUCGGUUUCACGACUAGCAACUCCGUGUAUAAACUAAAGUUCAAUACAACGGUCGACAUUGUUCUCCAAAAUGCAAACAUGAUUGCUAACAAUAACAGCGAGACACACCCGUGGCAUCUUCACGGGCAUGAUUUUUGGGUUCUCGGAUAUGGACGCGGAAAGUUCAACGCUACAGAGGAUCCGAAGACGUAUAACUUGGUGAACCCGAUUAUGAAGAAUACGGUACCGGUUCACCCGUACGGGUGGACCGCGUUGCGGUUCGUAGCGGAUAACCCGGGUGUUUGGGCAUUUCAUUGCCAUAUCGAGUCCCACUUCUAUAUGGGCAUGGGAGCAGUGUUUGAAGAAGGGAUGGAGAAAGUUGGCAAAUUGCCCUCUUCUAUCAUGGGUUGUGGGGACUCUAAAAGAUUCAUUAGGCCUUAGAUUUAUUUUUAUUUUUAUUUUUAUUUUUAUUUUUAUACUUGAAUUGAUCGUCAAGAUAAAUGUGACGGUUUAUAUCUGUGUAAAGAAUGAUAACCACGUUGAUUUAUAUACAAAAAUUGGAUUUUUAAA